CUCUUCACCAUUUCUGAUUAAAACGGAAUCGGAACCACCGGUUUUUUUAACCUAAUCAUACUUCCGGUUUGAAAGACGAGGUUUGUUAUCUGUUGAAGGAAAUUCUAUGUAGUGUGCUAUCAUGUAUAUAGAAUAUGUAUUAGGGUCAUCUGAUGUAAACUUUGUAUCAUGGGCCUAUUGACCCGUUCUUGUAAACCCUAAUAACUCCCUAUAUAUAGGGCAUUCAGUAAUGAAACUUGAUGAACUAUUCUCCCUACAACACGUUAUCAGCACGUAACCUAGGUCUAUUUUUCACCCUGCGCAUCAACCCUUCUCCAGCCCGCCACAGCAAGGCUGCGCCAACCCUCACCGCCAAAGCAAGGCUGCGCCAGCCCUCCCUCCGCCGCAUCACAGUAGCAAUCUUGCUCCGCCGCAGACAUUCAUCCCUCCUCUGCCGCAGCAUGGUAGCAGACAUUCAACCUUUCUCCAGCCACAACACAGUAGCAAUAUUUGAGGGGUAUCAUAAUCGUCGUCAUUCACUUUAUGGAUCCGCCAAGGAGCAUGAAAAAACUAACUCCACAUCUGGGACCGACCCUUACCCCGACCGCCUAUGUCAGGGAAAUACCAAGCUCACGAAUCAAUCAGACUUAGCAAAUAAUGAGGCCAGCCGAGCCCGA